AUGGUUAAUCUCAUAGCAAGAAGACCUCCUGUAGAUCCUUCAUCAAUGAAGGCUACAGAUAUUAAUUUAUUUAAUUUCACCAGACCUCAUAUGCGAGCUCUUCAUGUUUCAUGGAUUUGCUUUCAUAUUGCUUUUACGGGCUGGUUUGCUGUUGCUCCCUUAUUUCCUACUAUUAAGAAUGACUUAAAAUUAACUGAUGCAGAAAUAGGUGAUUGUAAUAUUGCUGUCCUCUCUUCAUCAAUCAUAUUUCGUAUAUUAGCUGGACCGUUAUGCGAAAGAUUUGGCCCGAGACGUGUCAUGGCUGGUUUCCUUAUCUUAGGUGCUAUACCUACAGCUUGUGUCGGUUUUGUACAAAGUGCUAAUUCUCUGAUAGCUGCUAGAUUCUUUGUUGGUAUUCUCGGCGCGACAUUUGUAUCUUGCCAAUUCUGGUCAACACAAAUGUUUAGUCCAAACACUGUAGGUGGAGCUAACGCGCUUGCAGCUGGUUGGGGUAACAUGGGUGGCGGAAUUACUUAUUUGCUUAUGCCCUUAGUAUUUGAUAUAUUCAACAAAUUUUUACCUGUCAACACCGCUUGGCGUGUCUCUAUGUUAGUCCCAGCUUUUUUAUGUAUAAUUGGUGGUUUAAUCGCUUAUUUUCUUGGAGAUGAUUGCCCUGAAGGUGAUUGGUCUCGUCGUAAUCUUUACCCCAAUGAUGGUUAUGUUCAAUUUGAAGAUAAAGAUUCAAAACAACCAAAAAUAAAACAAGAUAUGGAGAUGCAAAUUCAUCGAAUUCCUACCGUAAUUCAUUACCUUCUCGUCUUUAUCAAUCCUAACGUUGUUUUAAUGAUGGUAAUGUACGCAUGUUGCUUUGGUGUGGAAGUAGCAGUCGAUAAUGUUAUCUCUAUUUUUUUAACUUCUAAAUUCGAAAUGACUCAAACUACUGCUGGUUUAUUUGGUUCCAUAUUUGGGUUAUUGAAUAUUUUUUCUCGGCUCAGUGGAGGUCUGAUUUCUGACCUUGUAAAUAGAAAAAUGGGUGUUCGUGGUCGAUUGUUUAUGAGCGAAAGUAUUGUAUCAGCUAUUGUCUUAAUGGCAUGUUUUUCUUUAUUCACUCAGGCGUGUUGUGGAACGUCAUUUGGUAUCGUUCCUUAUCUUGAUCCUGCAGCUACGGGAAUAGUUACAGGAUUAGUAGGUGCAGGAGGUAAUGUUGGGGGUUUAAUAUUUGCAGCAGUUUUUAAAGCUUAUGCUGGUGAUCUACAAACUGGAUUCAUGAUAGUAGGAUUAUCUGUAUUAACUGUUUCGUUUAUUCCAUUUUUAAUGAGUAUUCAUGGGCGAAC